AUGGAUAAGAUUGUUCAACAAGCGAUCAAACAUACAAUGGAUAUGAGGAAGCCAGCGUCCUCAGUUCCAUGGAAAGCUGACGAGAUCUGGCAGCAGCCCUUCUACGGAUGGAGUAGUGACACCAAGAGCUGGCAACCAUCGCGCUCCACUCGAGAAUCUCUCAAGACGAGGCUGGUGAAGAGGAUAGCCGUGUACAGUUGGAACAUUGACUUCAUGCUACCUCAUGGUGAAGCUAGGAUGGACGCAGCGCUGAAGCAUCUAGAAGAGCUCACUCGCGAAGACCGGUCGGGCGAAACGGCUGUUGUGGUCAAUUUGCAAGAAUGUGUGCCGUCUGACUUACAUAUUAUCGGCGAGAAGGAAUGGAUCAAAGAAGGGUUUUACAAAACUGACGUUGAUACUUCGGCUUGGUCUUCGGGGGCAUACGGUACAACCACGCUGGUAGACCGUCGACUGGAUAUCUCGUCGUGCUUCCGGGUGCACUAUUCGGACACUCAAAUGGAGCGCGAUGCACUGUUCGUUGAUAUCUCGUCGAAAGGCGGUCCAACACUUCGCCUUUGCAACACUCACCUUGAAUCUCUGGCCCUCGAACCGCCUAUGCGCCCAGCACAAAUGCGCGUCAUCGCGCCACACAUGCACGACAAAGACAUUGCCGGCGCAAUUGUCACAGGCGACUUCAAUGCCAUCCAGCCAUUUGAUAGAACCCUCCAUACCGAUAACGACCUCAAAGACGCGUAUCUAGAGCUUGGCGGCGAAGAAGGCGACGGAAAAGGUGACGACACGAGAGGAUACACGUGGGGUCAACAAGCCCUGCCCCAGCUCCGUCAACAAUUCGGCUGUUCACGCAUGGAUAAGGUCUUUUUCUGCGGUGAUGCCCUCACGCUUGUGAGUUUCGAAAGAUUCGGUGCAGACAUUGAACCCGAUGAGGAGGAAGCGAGAAGGGAAAUUGUUUCGAUUGGAUUUGAGAAGGCGUGGAUCACUGACCAUCUCGGUGUCAAAGCGUUAUUCGAGGUCGUUAUCUGA